GCCCAAGCACUUGCCCAAGUCGCAAAUACAUUUGGCGUGUUGCUUUUACAAACGCUUUUACUUUGUGUGAACAGCUGAUUGGUAGUUUUUAUUAUAGUUGCGAAUAGAAAUUAGUACGUCUUUCGUGUCAUGGUAUGAAUCGUCGAUUGUGGUGUCGUGGAUUUUAUUAUAGAACGGUCUAAUGGAUAAUUUGACUAAAUUCUUUGUGACUUGUGCUUAAAUAAUAUUUCAUAACAAAGAGUGGGUGUUGAACACCUUGAGUCUUAUAAAAUAAUGUCUACAAACAAUCUUGUCUUUAAACAGCCUAUUAAGCAUUUGGAAAUUCCCAUUAGUAAAUUUAAUGACAUUGCCAUUCCUCAUCAUCUUGAUUUACUGCGAAAACACAAAAAUAAUAUUAAAAAGUUUCAAGAAGCACGUCAAUGGGGCUCUGUUUAUAAAGAACAAGUGAAUGCCACUAGGUUAGUUAAGCAGUUGAAGCAAUUGCUCUAUGAAAUGGAUAUGCUUAGGUCUCAAGUAAUUGACAGCGAUAUUGAUACUUUUGAUCAACUUACUGCGUUCUCCAGAAAUAGUACCAUCAUCGCAAUCCAGGAAUACUUUGAUCUUGAAUUUGAUUUUCCUCCUGCAAGGCCUGCCUCACCCAAAAAUGAAGAUCAGACCACAGAGAGUCCAUUUCAAGAGGGUGAUCUCCAGUUGCAUGCAGAACAAGAAGAGCUCGAAAGACAGCAAGCCUGCCUGCAUUCCUGGAAUAUUCUACAAAACGAUAUGCAUCAGCUUCACCAGCUUUUUAUAGAUUUUAAUAAAAUUGUAAAAGAACAAAAAGAACAUGUUAAUGAAAUUGAAAACAAUGUAGAGGUUGCUGAGGUUAAUGUAGAAAAAGGAACGAAAUUCCUUGAGAAAGCAGCAAAAUACAAAGUUGCGGCUUAUCCCUUAGCAGGAGCACUAAUUGGGACUUGUGUUGGUGGACCUAUUGGUUUGAUAGCUGGAAUAAAAUUAGGAGGGCUGACUGCUCUUGGCUGUGGUGUUUUGGGAUUUACUGGUGGUACUUUUCUAAAGAAAAAACACAAUGCAGCUCAUUCUGUAGAGAACAAAAUAGAGAUAUCAGAAACUAAAGAAACAGACGUGAGGGCAUCCGUUUCAAUACCUGACAACUUAAAAGAUAUCAAAAAGGAUUUAUGACCUUUAAUGAUAACUGACGUGAACUCAACGACACAUGUGUGCAGUAUACUGUAAUUACUUUUGUCAUAGGACACUGGAAGUUGUAACUUCGACGAAAAAUAUCCACUUCUAUAAAGCAUUACGAUCUGAUAUAUCAAUGUUGGCUUAUGUUGUGGAUUAUUUUAACUUAUUAAAUCACUGUGAUCUUACGUUA